GCCAGGAAAUUGGUAUUGAAGGAGGAGAAACAAAAAUCUGAAAAUUCCAAAAGAGAGAAAGAAGACGCACUAAUCAAAGAGAAGAGAGCAUUACUUAAGCAGCAACAGAGUUUUCUACGAGCUCAAAUUAGAAAACAGAUGUCAACUAGGGCGGACAUUCUUGACGAGGAAAGAAAAAGGGCAGAAGCUUCCCUUGAAGGACUAAAAAGCAAGUUAAAGAAUCUGGAAGAGGUUAUAUCAAGGAAAGAUGUCAGUGUCCAGGACUUCCGUUAUAAACUCUUGAGAGAUAGAGUUGAAGCAGAGAAAGUUGCAGACUCUAACAAACAAAUUGACGAACUAAGAAGACGAUUACGUCAACUGGAAGACGAAAAGGAUUUAAUCACAAGUCAAAGGAAUCAUUUGGUUACGUUGAAUGAAGGCGCUAAUGUACAAAGUUCUCCACUUAACUUAAAAGAAUAUGUGACUGAAAGAAAUACGAAAUUGAUUUCUGUCAGACCCAGACGCUCCCUUGACUCUCUCAUCGAUGAUAAAUUGUAUGCAAGAUCUGUGAAACAUGACGAGGAAGUUCCAUGCCGUGAUGUGGUGAGUCAAAACACAAGUUUGCCUCUUCAUUUUCAUGGCAAAACCUCACUUGAUAAACUCGAACCCAACUCUGUGUCACAUGACGUAGAGGUUAAAAAAGAAGUUGGCUUGGACUACGGGAUGAGAAACACAAGGAUCGUGACCAAGCGAAACCUGGGUUUGGAGCCGAACGAAAAUCCUCCAGAUCAUUCAUACGAACAAAUUGCGAUAAAUUCGUCCUUACCAAUGUUGAGAGAAGAUCUUUCGGAAGAUUUUGUUGAAAAAGAUUUACCUCUCUCUGCAAUUUCCAAAGAAAGCGAAACGAAUAAGCUUUAUCCGACUACCGUUAGUCCAACAUCUGACCGUCGGAGACUGGUACAAGGGAUGAAGGAGCAGCAGUGGAAACCUGACAGGAAUGCAGUUCGUUCAAGAAGAGAUAUAUCUUCAUCUACUUUCGCUGAUGACAAAAAAAGCGAGUUUCUGUCUUCAGUUCAUCGUAUAAAGAAUGAAAAGGUCAAAGAGCUUGAACUCAGUUUGCGGAGGCUCUUCUUUACGUGACUUCAGGAAAGCUUCAAAGACUUAACUUGAAAGGAGUCUUAACGUUUCUACGACGAUGAAGAAAACCACUCCUUACAACAUCUUCAAGGGACGAAAGGUUUUCAUCUUUCAUGGUCUUUCAAGUGGCGAUGUGUCCUAAUAACAGAAGUAAAGGAAAACCAAAGAUGCAUUUUUUCAGCCUAGAAGGAGGACCAGGAAAUGAAGGGGAAAAGUAUUGUUCACUUUGAAAAAACUGUGGCUCGAUUAAUGGGACAGUUUACGUGUAUAUAAAUAACAGACUACGAAGCUGAAAGAACGAAAUAACAGACUGCGAAGCUGAAUGAUUUCUUGUAAUACUUUGGCUUGGAGUUAUUUUUGAGCACAAUGACAAAUUUAAAGUUGUUUCAAAAGAAAUUUAAGAAAAGUGGAAUAUUUUUAGAGCAGAUAUAUGGUGUUCUUUUGACUUAUAUUUUUAUGUCUUAAUUUGCAUUUUUCAAAAACUUAAUGCAAAA